CGGCGGUUUUGUUCCGCGCGCUCGUUAGCACUUUAGCUAGCUAGCCGCGGUAGCUACGUUAAUCGCCACUUGGUUCGCCAACUUGUGCGUUUUAAAAACCGACAUUUUCUCGAGUUUGUGGCGCGGCUUUGACGACCUAUCGGCGGCGAGCGGUUACCCGGGGCUCCCCGGCCUUUUUUAAACCGGUUGUUUAGUCAGCUGCUUCAGCUUAGGGGGACUCUGUGUCGUGGAUGUGACGGAGCGGAGAGACAAAGGGGGCGACCGCGGGCGGGUGGCCGGACGGACGGACGGACGGGUUCCCCUCGGCUGGCUGGGGGCUCCUGGUUGAGAAAAUUUCCCCUGAGCCGCCGCGCCGGUACCUGUCCCACUCUGGCACUGAGUGACUGGGUCUCCAGGACGUGGCUCUCGCAACUUGUAUAAUAAGUGUUUGAGCUGCUAUUCGGAGUAGAACGCGUCCCUCUCGAGUCGGACACCUGGCUGAGGCGGCUGUGUGUGUGUGUGUGUGUGUGUGUGUGAGAGAGACCUCCGCCGCAGCCCCGCGCCUCCCGCCGGGUCCCCGAUCCGACUGCAGCGCCUCCUUUCCCCAGUCCGAACUGCAGCCUCCUCCUUCCCCCGCACCAGAGACCGCUUUGUUCGCCCCCAGUACGGCUUUUUGACUUCAAGUAACGGGUUUUUGUUAGCGAGUUCCUCGGUCCGGGCUUCUCUCUGUUGAAUAAUAUAAUAGUAGUACUAACAGUAACGCCGGCGGUGACGGAAUCAUUCAACGCGCUUGCGCUGCCCUCGUGCCCCAGCGCUCUUCGGCUGAGUUCCGUCGUCGUGCGCCUCCGCUCCCGUCCCGCCGGUUCUCUCCGCUCCAACUUCCUUCACUCAUCUUUGGGGUACCUGCGCAGAGCAGAUCGGAUCUCGCUUUUGUUUCGCCACGAUUUCAUUGUUCCCGUCUCCGCUCAACUCCCUUCCAUACCAUAGGCGAACUUUCAGGGUCGGAACCAUUGUUACAGCCGAACAACUUGCUGGAGGAGUUGUGAGUGACCGCGAGUGCCUCGAUCGAGGCUACUCUGCAGCAGGAUGGGGCGCGGGAUUCAAACCAACCACCUCCUGCAGGUUGAACGUUGAGUCUUACAGUGCAAAGCAGGAGAGUGACAAAAUGCCACGCAAGAAGGUGACAGACGUUUCGGGGAAUGGCGGCGUGAAAAGAAAGCGGGGAGGAGGCAGGAAGAAGGACCGUGACUUCAGCAGCGAUGAUGAAUUCUACGACUUUGAGCAGGAGAACACAAAGAAACCUGGGAAACCAGCCUCCAAGUCGGGGCUGCAGCCCGUCACCGUGGCCGACGACGUCAAAGAGAAGAUUAAACUUGAAGGUAGCAAGGCGAAAGGUCAGCUGCUGAUUUUUGGAGCGACCAACUGGGACCUGAUUGGACGCAAAGAAGUGCCAAAACAGCAAGCUGCCUACAGGAACCUGGGCCAGAACCUGUGGGGACCACACCGCUAUGGCUGUCUGAGUGGUGUGCAGGUCAGCUGUGUGGUGUCAGGACCCUGUGCUGCCCACAGCCUGCUCAUCACCACCGAGGGCAAACUCUGGAGCUGGGGCCGCAACGAUAAAGGGCAGCUGGGACAUGGUGACACCAAGCGCAUUGAGGCUCCCAAGCUGGUGGAAGCUCUGGGUGAAGAGGUGAUUGUGGCAGCAGCAUGUGGACGCAACCACACGCUGGCACUGACAGAGAACGGCACUGUAUACUCCUUCGGCGAGAACAAACUUGGGCAGUUGGGUCACGGCAACCAGACUGACGCAGUGCCGACCCCAGCCACAAUCCAGUACAAUGGGCAGCCGCUGGUCAAGGUGGCAUGUGGGGCAGAGUUCAGCAUGGUGGUUGACUGCAAGGGAAACUUAUAUUCUUUUGGCUGUCCGGAAUAUGGCCAGCUGGGGCACAACUCGGAUGGGAAGUUCAUUGCCAGGGCCCAGCGUAUUGAGUUUGACUGCGAGCUGAUCCCACGGCGUGUGGCCAUCUUCAUUGAAAAGACCAAGGACGGGCAAGUCAUGCCUGUGCCCAAUGUGGUUGUAAGGGAUGUGGCUUGUGGAGGAAAUCAUACGCUGGUGCUGGACUCCCAGAAACGCGUUUUCUCCUGGGGUUUUGGAGGAUAUGGGCGCCUGGGCCACACAGAGCAGAAAGAUGAGAUGGUGCCACGUUUGGUGAAGCUGUUUGACUUUCCUGGUCGAGGGGCCUCCCAGAUCUACUGUGGCUACCAGUGCUCAUUUGCCGUCAGCGAGAUGGGAGGCUUGUUCUUCUGGGGGGUUACUAACACCUCUCGGGAGUCCACCAUGUACCCCAAAGCAGUGCAAGACCUCUGCGGAUGGAAGAUCCGGAGCCUGGCCUGUGGGAAAAGCAGCAUCAUCAUUGCUGCAGAUGAGAGCACCAUCAGCUGGGGUCCAUCCCCAACGUUUGGCGAGCUCGGGUAUGGUGAUAACAAGCCCAAGUCAUCCACCACAGCACAAGAGGUGAAGACCCUGGAUGGGAUUUACAUUGAGCAGGUGGUGAUGGGAUAUUCUCACUCCCUGGCGAUUGCCAGGCAGGAGACGGAGGCAGAGCGGGAGAAGUUGAAGAAGCUGCCAGAGUACAACCCCCGUACGCUCUGAUUGGCCUACAACCCUUAGGUUCUCACCUGGUUCCCUGGAGGCAACUGAUUCCAUCAAAGAAGGCCCUCGCCCAUGUGUCACCAGUUAUGGUGAGGGGUAGGAUGGGUGGGGGGGAGAGGGCAGAGAUAGCAUACAAUUGGGACUUGAACAUACACCCUAAGAAAUGGGGGAGAAACAAAUCCACAAACACCUCAGAUUGGACCACAUCACCUGUGAAAGCAAGGCCUGUUGCCGGGGCUGGACAACAUGAAACCCUGCAAACGGGCUUUCUCCUUCACCCCUUACGUCUGGUGUCUGACCACUUCCGGCACGUGAAGCUCUGGGGAGGGAUCUCCUGUAACAGGACCCUCCAAGGCACUUAACCCUCACUGGAUUGCAGGUUCCUGUGAUUCCAUUUGGGAAGAAUUCCACUGAAGGGUCCCAUGGGUUUUUAUUUUUUAUUCUCUCUCUCUCUCGCUCUCUCACUCACACACACACACACACACACACACACACACCUCCUCCCCUUUAUUUUGUUCAUUCUAAAUACUUGUUUUUAAAUGUUGGCCGUGCGACGGGAUCCAUGUCUGCUCUUGCCAAACAACGGGUGCUACAAUGUCUUGAUGCAAAUAAUGACCGGACAGGGAUCUCUCAAAGACCAACACUCCAUAUUUGUGCCUUUUUAAGUGAUAUACUUCAGGAUAAGGCCACCCCCUCCUCCCCCCCUUGUCAAUCUUCUUUGUGUAAAUUUGUACUGUUGCAAUGGUUGCAUUGCUUGACCGUUCCCCGUUGUCAUUUCACUGUUGGUUAAACAGGAAGUUGAAGUGGCAGUGUCACCUUGUCGUUACAUUCCCAUGGCUUUUAAACUUCUUUUUCCCCCUGUAUAGUGAAUUUGUCUGCAUACAGGCUGCAGGUGCAGUCUUUAUGGUAGGUUUCUGGAGAACAAAGAGCACAGACUCUCAAGACCAAAAUAUAAAUGGCAGCAGAAUCUUAAUGUUUUGUUACCGAGUGCACCAGUUUGAAAUGUUCUCCCUAAAUCUUAUUAGUUUGUUUUGCCGUUGUAUGUCCAGUGGGGUCAGUUAGCCUUUUCUUAUUUUGGGUUUAUGGACUUUUUUCAACUGAAAUAUUAAAGGUUUGUGUAACUUGAUGGUGGUUUUUUUU